AUGGCGGAAUAUGCUAACAUCGUCCGAAGGGCUUUGGGGCAAAUAGGAGGUCAUGGAGGAGUUAAAGGCUUUCUACUGCAGCUUUUAAGAGUGAAUGAUGUAAAAACGGGAGCAUUGAUAGGUGUGGAUAAAUAUGGCAACAAAUAUUUUGAAGAUAAGAAACAUUACUUCUUUGGACGCCAUCGCUGGGUGAUCUACACCACUGAGAUGAAUGGAAAGAAAACACUUUGGGAGGUGGAUGGCAGUAUGGUGCCAGCUGAGUGGCAUCGUUGGCUUCACUGCAUGACAGAUGAUCCCCCCACCACUCACCCACCAGAGCCCAAGAAGUUCUUGGCUGAGGUGCAUCAGUUCAACGUGAGUGGUUCUCCACAGCAGUAUGUUCCUUAUCCAACAACGCGCAAGAAGAUCCAUGAGUGGGAGCCUCCAAAAACCACACCUCAGUGA